UCGAUACGCCAACUUGGGCAGUCAAGAAUGAGCGGAGACGACCGGCUCUUGGCGGCCGUGGAAACCAACGACAAGGAAAAGUUGACGAGUAUGCUUCGAAAACGGCAGCCUCACCAAGCAGAGGUCCGCGAAGCUCUCGAACACGCAGUCACACAAGCAACGCCAGAGCUAGCUCGUCUACUCGCCACACACAAGUCGGUGUACAGAUCGGGAGAUGUUUUAGCUGGGCUACUACAACUAGGAAUAAAACACGGUAGCCGGUGGUCGAGACGCCAGGAGGCGGUCGUCGAGGUUCUCAAGAUUCUGAUCGAGACCGGAGCCGAUUUGGAGUACUGCGACGGUCACGGACGGACUUCGUUACACAUUGCUGCUCAGCACGCGUUCCCUCACGCUGUCGACUUGUUGGUAAAGCACGGGGCGAACCCAGAUGCGAGAGAUUGUAAACAGCAGACGCCGUUGAUGGUUGCUGUUCAGAGUCAGGGAAGGGUGCCGGCGUUUGUUGCGUGCGACGAGCGGGAGACGGAUCGAUUUAAUCGGUUGAGCACGGUUGUGCUGUUGCAGCCCGUGUCUGCGGUGGACGGGCGUGAUCGCUCGGGAAAGACGGCUGAAGAGAUGGCGAACGAGAAUGGAUUUAGAGAGGCGGCACACAUACUGAAGAAAGAUGUGUCUGCAGGAGACUCGAAGAAUCAUAGAGAAGUGCUAGAGACAACAAUCACACUUUUGAAAAAGAAACUGAAAGGCAAAGAAAAGACAAUUGGUGGACUACAGGAGAGAAUAGUCUGGCUCGAGCGAAGUCUGGCAGUUGUGGAGCAAGACACUGAUGAGCGUUUAUUCACCAAGAUGAGGAGAGCAAUGUCGGAAUCUGGAACAGCCAUGAUGGGUCGUUUACGAAGGUGCAAAGAGGUACUACAAAAGAGACCGAUUAGUAACCCAAAACAGACAUCAACUGAAGAGGCUGCCGAUCAGGAAAAGGGUGAAUUUGUGGUGGUCGACGAGACCAUCGAACCGGGAAUCAUUAUGGAAACACGAUCUAAGGAUAUCGACGUGUUUCACAUUAUUGCUCGAGACAUCCCGUUGCAUUCACUUCGGUUUGUCGGUCGGCGAUUGGGCAUCGCCGAUACAGAGUUGGAUAACAUAGAGUAUCGCUAUCGCAGCUAUGGCCUACCAGAGGUGUGUUACAAUGUGCUCCUUGCAUGGAAAAAUAAAGCUGUGUGGCACAAGAGACCUAUCGACGACUUACUCCUUGCUCUAGCACAAGAGGGUCUCUCUGACUUGGCUGAAAAGGUAGCCAGUAUGUCAUUGAAGGAUCAGAAAAAUUUCUGCUGAAGUUUGGUUGAACACGACUGUUCAGUUACAUGUACAUACAAACGAUUCUAUGUUUGCAUAGCGUUGGUUGAGCCUUGCAACCACUUUUGCAGUUAAUUACUGCGAUGACAGCAAUGAUUGCUGCACUAUACUUUGCGUUUGAAAGAAACCGCCAGUUUUAAACCGUGAUUAUUUUUGUCACAAAUACAUUCGAUCUGAACUAACCUG